CCCCAAUUCGGAUGGCGUAGCCCCUCCUGACAAUCAUUCUUCAGAUAAGUGUUGGCGACUACAAGUUCUGGAAGGAUGUGUACGAAUCCACACAGCCUGAAUUUGGGGUUUUCCAUAUGACUGACUGAUAUUCCUGGGCGCGGAAUCCCGCACAUGAUGGCGGUCAUCUACAACAACCUGGAGGUCGGAAACCAGGAUAUUCUUCGGGAGUAGCUGUUGAUCAUUCUCCGGAUGAUGAUAGGCCAACUCCGGCUACAACGCUUGCUCGGGCAUAUGGUUAUUCCAGUCAUGAUUAUCUCCUAUAUGGGAAAGUCUGCACAGGCGAUCGAGGCAUGCUUCGAUGGCGAACGCCUCGUCCUGGGCUGCACGGACCUCUACAGUAUCCGCCACCAGAGCGCGACGGCGUUGAAGGAUCUCGGAGGGUUGUACCUUGGUACUCCCAUUGGGGAUACCGCCUAGGCUGGCGGUACUUUUGGUUGGUUUACGGCGUUCGGGGCUGGUUGGGCAGUGUGGUUUCUGGAGUUCUGGCUUUCUUGCAGGGUGGGAUUCAAUUAUGGGCACAGGAGAGUUUACUUACGUGCGAUACCCCUUCUUCAAGAUAUCAUCCUAGUCGCGCUUCUCACCCCACGCUUGCCGUCGCGACCAGGCUUUAAACUAUAGGCGUCAGACAGGCAGUUCCUGCGGAUCGACCCUUAUGGUCGCGCAAUCAGUAGUUCCUCCCUUCCACCUG